AUGCGCUGCGUUCGGGGAUUCGUGCAGCAAGAACCUAUGAAUAAAGAUAAAGACCUGCACACCCUCCUUCACUCUCCCUGUGGGGAGUACACUGACCUGAAUAAUGUGAUCAACCACAAGGUCUCUCUUCAGACUACCCACGACUGUGGCAGCACUGGGACUGCCUCAGAGUCUCACACCCACACGGAAAAGACAGUAAAUGAUAAAUAUUUAUUUCCAUGCAGUGAAAAGCUAAAGGAGAACAUCUUUACAAUUCAGAAUCGUCCUCGUCCAGCAGGAGUGUCAUCUCCACAAGCUGUGUCGGUGACGCUACAAAACAUCUGGUCCAACAGUAAACUUGGGACCUCCAAGCGAGAUGUGAAAUGGCUGCAUGCCGUGUCUGGAGAGUGGUUCGAAGAGAUCCAGAAAAAGAAGUUUAGGGAUGACCAGGACGUCAGGAAUUUGGUGAGAACUCCACUGACCCAUCGUCUUAAGAAGAAAACCCCUAAGGGAGACUUGGAAUCCUCCAGGAUGUCCUCAUCGAGGACCUACCAGUCCCCGAAGAGCUCUAACACUGGACCUUCCUUCCUGAAGAUCCGCUCGCCGUUCGCAUCAUUGUUCUCCUUUAGGAAGUCAAAGCAUGAAGUGAAACUACCAGCACAAGAAGAGAGGCAACAUACUCCCAGCUUCCUGGAAACGUUCCUCAGCCAUGUUUGGAGUUAUGAGUUCAGUUCAUGUGGAUACUUGGAAUCCUCCAGGAUGUCCUCAUCGAGGACCUACCAGUCCCCGAAGAGCUCUAACACUGGACCUUCCUUCCUGAAGAUCCGCUCGCCGUUCGCAUCAUUGUUCUCCUUUAGGAAGUCAAAGCAUGAAGUGAAACUACCAGCACAAGAAGAGAGAUACAACAUCUUCUCAACUUUGAACCGGCCACCUCCAAGCACUGAGCCAGUGAAAAAGAAGUUUGAAAUCUACCACUCAGGAAGAAGCGUAAAACAGAUUGCAAGUUUUUUUGAGGGCCAUCAGAAAAAAACUAACCAAAAUAUCCCAUCUGAUGUGCAGCUGCAGAGAGAAGCUUUCCAAGUUUUAGGAGAUCUGGACCAAAAACUUGCCCAAGAACAAAGUUGCAGCCACCCACCGAGGAACAAAAUAUCUUCAACUUAUCAACAUGGUAAUGUAAACAGCAAGGAAAGCUCAUGCCGCAAUCCAUCAGACACAAGGAAAGAAUACAGCACCUUAUCCUCUCGUGAUGAAAGAAGAACAGUAUCUUUGGAAGAAGCACAUUCCACCCAUGCCACAUACCAGCCAAGAAGGUUUAAUGAAAUCUACUCUGUCACGCAUCACUCAGAAUCAAAAACAGAGGCUUGCAGCAAGGAUAUUUAUGCUAGGAGCCUGUGUUCUGACUUGGGCAGCAAGUCACCAAGUAUUGCACCCAUCUCUGGGAAAUUUUCAUCAAGCAGCUUGCAUCUUCCAUCGGAGAGCUUAGAACAUGAAAGGAGCAGACAGCUCAAGCCAAGGAGGAUACCUAUUACCUCAAUCAGAUGGAAUAAAUCAGCUUCUAGCCAACCUGAGGUCUCAGGUAGACCUUUCCGAACACAGUCUGCUCUCGAUCUUACAUAUGCUGGUAACACUUCUCAGCAAAAUCGAAUAUUUGAUCUUUACAAGUACGGCAAUUCCAAUAAAGUUUCUCCAUCGGGCUCGAAUGACUUCCAUAAAGUGAACUAUCAAAAUAACUUGACAUGUACAACAUAUCAAAACAGUUCAAAUAAAUGCUCCACUGGAUAUUACAAAACGGACUCUUGUGGCCUAAAAUCCAUAACCAAAUUUCCAACACAAACUAACUGCCACUGGGAGGAAGAGAACAAGGAAAAUUCGCUUAAGCUUAACAAAGUCACUAGCCAACCACCUUCUUAUGCUGGCACUAAAUCGGAGAAGAAUACAGAACACAUGGAAGUCUUAAAUGAAUAUCCUUCACAGGAUAAUAUUUGCAAUAUAAUGGAUCAGACAGAGGAUUGUAUUUUCACAGGCAAUAAAUCUGAUCCACACGAUCUUAAUUUACAAACUAAGAACAUUUCUGCAAAAUCAGAUAUUUCAGGAGUGGAUAUGGGAGUGGCAAUUCUGCAAAUUUUCAGGAAAGGCAACUGA